UUAUCGUCAGCAAUCGUUUGUUUUCGGUACAGAACAAGUUUAUCCGUUGUUGCGCCGGUUUUGGGCCCAUCAAAAUUGUUACUUAUUUGUCGUAUAUUGUUAAACAUCAGAAACAUUAAUCGUUAUUGUGCCAGUCAUUGUAUAAACAAUGCAAAUUGUAUAAAUCAUAUAGAACGAAGAGUAUACAAGAAGAUAGUUUUUCCAAAUGAAAGAGGCUUCGCCCCCUGUGUCAGCAAUGGCCACACCAACCAACAGCAGCGGGAAUUUAGUCGACGAAUUCGAGGAGGCCUUUCAGCAUUGCCUUAAUGUGCUGACAAAAGAGGAGGCUGUACCAACAACAGAUAAAGAUGAGAUUCGUGUGGAGGUUGAGCAGACCACUCUCAGAUUCAUCGAUCUGGCCAGACAGAUGGAAGCCUUCUUUCUGCAAAAGAGGUUUUUACUCUCUGCACUUAAACCUGAGAUGGUUGUUAAGGAAGAUAUAAAUGAGCUGAAAUUGGAGCUAUCCAGGAAGGAUGAACUGCUGAAGAGGCACUAUGAUAAGAUUGCAGUGUGGCAGGGUCUGCUUGCUGAUCUGCAGGGCUACUCGAAGAGCCCAGCACAGGGCGGAUCUACACCAGGCGCGGUCAGCGGAGGUAAUAAUGGAAAUUCGGUUCCGCAAAGUCCGAUUUGCCAGAUACCUGGUAAUCAAACACCGAAUAGCAUGAUGCCAACCAUGGCCAGUACCAUGCAACAACAGAUUCAGCAGCAACAGCAAUUGCAGCAAUUACAGCAACAGCAGCAACUACAGUUACAGCAGCAACAACAGAUACAGCAAAUGCAACAGCAGAUGCAGGUUCCUGCUGGGAUGAGCAGCGGCGCCGUGGGUCCGGGGAUGGUGUCUCCGCAGCAAGCGCUGUUCAUGCAGCAGCAAGGCAUGGGUGGUCCUAGAGCACCAUUCGGUCAGCAGGGUCCGGGCGGACUGUUGCAGGGACCUCUCGCCUAUUUGGAGAAGACCACCAGCAAUAUAGAUUUGGUAGCAGGAAUGACAGAUGGACGAAGGUGACGAGGACGUGGGAGGGGGCGUGGCCGAGGAAGAGGCCGAGGUAGAGGGCGUGGCCGCGGUGCCCUACCGGAAUAUGCGUCCCCAUAGUCCCCCCUCCCGUCCGUUCAUGGGGACCAUAUGACUGCGGUUAGUUUGUAAAUAGCUUUAUUUUAUUUUUUUAGGCACAUAUCUACUCACCCUUAUUAAUAUGCAUUAAUUUUUAUAUAUUUUUUUUUAUUUGUGAGACGUCUACCGUUAAGGUUUAUGUAUUGUUAUGGGAUUAUGAUUUGUUUAUAUAUUUGUUUUAUUGACAGUAUUAAGGUUUGCGUGCGUAUGGGCAUGUAAGUGCAUUUGUGUAAUAUAUUAGAUGUGAGUGUGAUUGAGCAAAGAGCUGAGAGGUGUACAUAAGAUAUCUCACAUCAAUUGGAAUUGAUAAAGAAAUACGAAUAAGCAAUUAUUAAAAAAGCCUAUCUCGAUGUUGUGAAGUGUUCGUUGUGUUUCCAUACUUAAGUGGGAGUAUCUCCCAAUUGUUUUUGUUGGUUUCAGAUGUAAUCGAUGUGUAACGUUACCGAAUUUCAAAAUUGUGAUAAAGGUUAAGAGAAAAAAAUAAAAUAGAAAG